GAUUCAACAGGAAACAACUCUCAGGCCCUGCUAUAAAUGGUUCAAAACAGCAGCAAAUUCUUACAACACACCAAUUUUUCACACCAAUUCCGGCUCUGAUAUCGUACUGCAAAUGUGCCUUCACUGGGCUCCACAGAGAAAUUUGCAGGAUGAACUUAUGCAGUACCAAGCCUAUAUAGUUUUGCCCGGCCUAACUAUUUCCUGACCUCUGUUAAUGAUCCCGAAGUGCUACUACAAAAGCAACAAACCACUGCAUUUUCAAUUCUUGCCCUCCCAGCCCAGGCUGCAAUGCUAAGCAUGUUUCCGAGGGAGUAAGUUCUACUGAGCACAGUGGGACUUACUCCUGAGGAUCACACUGGCAUUCUCCGAGUCAAGCUCCUUUGUCUUAAGCAACAUGAAUUAUUGAGAGCUGGCCUAAGUAUCACCGUGGCUUGGAUAUCCUUCCUCAGCUACAUGCUUGCAAUGGAACACACCGUGGCCUGACCUGCGCCUUUUGUUCCGAAUCAGUAAAGAGCUGGAUCGAUAACAGGCAAUGGCUCCACUUUCCGCCCAUCCCAGCAGGACCCGGGUGUAGCCAAUCGCAUGAACCCACAGAGGAGCAUUUUAAGCAAGUCACUGUAUCUGCAAGGGGCUCACUGCUGUCCUGUUGCUGCUGCCCGUGGUCCUUGCAGCCAUGACUCCCAUAGCCAAAUCUUUCUACGAUCUCAACGCCACCGACCUCCAAGGGGAGAAGGUGGAUUUCAACAACUUCAGAGGGAGGGUGGUCUUGAUAGAAAAUGUGGCCUCCCUCUGAGGCACAACGGUGAGGGAUUACACCCAGAUGAACCAGCUGCAGAGCAAAUACCCUCGACGGUUGGUUGUGCUGGGUUUCCCUUGCAACCAGUUUGGCUACCAGGAGAACUGCACGAAUGAAGAGAUCCUCAACAGCCUGAAGUAUGUGCGGCCUGGUUCCGGAUUCGAACCCAACUUUACCCUUUGCCAGAAAUGCGAGGUGAACGGCAAGAACACCCACUCCGUCUUUGCCUACUUGAAGGACAAACUUCCUUACCCAGAUGACAACCCUUCCUGUUUCAUGAUGGAACCCAAGUUCAUCAUUUGGAGCCCGGUGCACCGCCAUGACAUCUCCUGGAACUUUGAGAAGUUCCUGGUGGGGCCUGAAGGCGAGCCUUUCAAGCGCUACAGCCCCCGAUUCCUCACCACCAACAUCGAGCCCGACAUCCAGCGCCUCCUGAAGCUUGCCAAAUAAGAGGAGAACAAGCAUCCCCAAGAUUAUUCCAUUGGAGACUGGACCAUUAGGGCAACCUCUGCCUGCCCUCACCUUAUUUCUUAUAAAUGCCCUGGGACGUGGCACAGCCUGUCAGCUUCCUCCUCUUCCUUCUCCGUUUUGCUCUUGUAGAACUCAGAAGGAAGGAGGCUAAACUAGAGUUAGUGGGCUAUGUCUGUCAUUGGACCUGGCCCCAC